AUGUAAUCGUGUGUUGCACAAACCGGUGACAUGACAGAAGCGGUACUGCGACCAAAAGAUAAUCUUUCAAAUAACAUGUCAAUGCAACAAGCUCAACAAGGACGUAUAGACAUUCGCCGGCUGGAAGCUGCCCGAGCCAACAGACAGGUGCAAUUACAGAAGUGGGAUGAAUAUGAUCGAAAAAUGCGUUCAAACGAAGGCUUGAGGCAGAGUUUGAAGCGAAAAUCCAAGCCUUCGGCAGUGAACUUUCAAAAUAAUUAUGUUUUAAUCGACGCUGUGCUUCGCGAUGAUAUUGACGAAGUCAGGCAGCUUCUGGAGAGAGGGCUGAAUCCUAAUGUGGCCAAGGAUGAUGGAUUAACACCGCUACAUCAGGCUUGUAUCAACAACAGUGUGGAGAUGUGUGAACUUCUGCUCCGUCAUGGGGCGGAUGUCAACUGUCGAGAUGCGGACCAAUGGACUCCCCUUCAUGCCGCGGCUGCCAGUUGUCACGUGGAUGUAUGCGAAUUUCUGUUGGCUCAUGGCGCCGAUAUCCUGGCAAUCAAUGUAGACGGAAGCAUUCCCUACGAUUUGGCCGAAGACGAUGAAACAUCUCAUUACCUUGUGAGUGAGAUACACAGACGAGGUUACUUGCCGGCGGACGUGGAAGCUGCGCGUUCCGAACCUGAGAAGCUGAUGUUGAAUGAUAUCAUGAGACGAUACAAAAGUGGAGAUGAUCUCACGAAACUGGAUGAACAAGGUGCAGCACCCCUGAUGUUGAAUGAUAUCAUGAGACGAUACAAAAGUGGAGAUGAUCUCACGAAACUGGAUGAACAAGGUGCAGCACCCAUUCACGUUGCCGCAGCCUGUGGUUACCUUGAUGUAGCCAGUGUCUUACUAGGGAUCGGUGUGGACCCUGAUUCUUUGGACGCAGACGGCUGGACACCUGCUCAUGACGAGGUAGUCCAAACUCUGGUUGCUUAUGGAGCUGACUUAUCGCGCACUACUCCAGACGGACAGACCGCUUUUAGUUUAUGUGAAACAGACGAGCAACAGGAGCAUCUGCUUGAGAUAUGGAACAAUCGGGAAGCUCUCAGAAUGCAACUGGAAGAGGACAGUACUUACGCGCCACCCCGAGCGCUCCAGCGAAAACGCAGUUCAUCUUCCGUGCAUCGGAGUUCACUUCGAGAAAAAUCAAACUUCUCCAAACGAGAAGUACUCAAGGAAAUGGAAAUUGCCCGUAAAACCGGCCAGUUGAUAAACACCGACGUGAUGAACGACGCAUGUACAGAUCAUGAAUCAGGGCGCCCUCGAACAACCUACCCUGACGCAGACACACGUCGAGGCAGUUAUCACUCAACCUCCAGCGACACCGACGCCCAGGCGACUCCUAAGCUAAGGAAGCCUACAGGACAACAAAGGGAUCAAACUAUCAAGAUCAUCAGACCACCCACUGGAUACGACUCGGUGUUUAUGAAUAGUAUGCAUACUGGGUCGGAAGGCCAGCGAACUGGUAGAGAAAAUUUCCCGCAAGAAGUUCGUACUUCCCCCGCUGUUUCAAACGACACUAUAACUGGGAGCGGAACUGUACCAUCCAACCGUGGGAGUCAAGUAUCUCAGAGUAGACAGAAAAUCAACAUAGUCGACCACCGUGACACCCCAGAAAACCGGAUCCGACGAACAUCGAAUGAGCGGAUGCGAGGAGACGCUACGUCCGACCACCGACUGACAACAAAAGACGAGCAUAGACUGACCACUUCAGACAGCCCAAAGCCCCAAUUACUCACACCAUACGAGGCUAAAUCGAAGGUCAUUGCACAGUCGGAACAAUCAGUACAGGAUGCAGGUUCCUAUUCACAUAUUCCAAAUUGCUGUCGAAACUGUACCAUACUCUAAGCUGGGCUGUUCGUCACUAAGGCAUAAUGGUCAAACACAAAGUACGACUUGUGAUACUCUCCAAAAAAUUCGAAACUGAAUAAGUCCUCCAACUAUAAGCCUUAAAAGGCAGCAAGGUGGAUACAUUUACUUCCACUCCGAAUGCAUCCACCCAUAUGCUGUUGCUCUGACUGUGAAAUGACCAACACUUUAUUUUUCAGAAGCUUGUGUGUGUUCCCAUGUGGAUAAUCGAAUUUUUGAGCCCUCCUUAUUUAUAUUAUCCUACCCCAUUGUUUCCUUAUCACCUCCGUCCGAAAACUUAACAAAAGCAGUGGAGUGCCAUUUUCACGCACCUGUUAAUGAGUAUUUUAUAUUUUUAUGCGCGUGUCAACGUGCGACCCCGCGAAAAAUCAUGUUUUUGUACUUUGACAUUCCUAAUUGACACUGACAAAUAUAAAGUGC